GAAUCCUAUAACAAUAAAAUGUUCCAUUAUAUCUCGCUUUUUUUAAGUGAUUAAUAGGUACUACCUUUACUACAAUUAACUAAUUUGUGUGUAUUAUCUAUAACUAUAAUGCAAAUGUAUAUUUUAUUACAAAUGAAUUAAAAAUAUAUCUUACAUAUUUAACUAAAAAAUUAAUCUUCUACAACUACAUUACUUCGUGUAAUGUUCAAAAUUGUAAUGGGAGUGUUCUGUAUAAUCUCCCACAAAAGCUUUGUGGUCCAUACGUUUCCCUUUUCCAAAUAAAUAAUUAGCAAUGAUAUCUUAAACGUCAGUGUCAACGUCAAAAAACGUCAUUAUGUUGAAAGGCUCAUUGAAGUCAAAAAUUUGUUUGAAAAUUAUUAAGUUCGUCGAAAGUGCGAGGAAAUAAGCGUUUAGGUAGUAAAAAUGUAUUGGAAGUGUUUCGUUUUAGCCGUGCUAGUGACAUAUGAUGGAGCUGUGGCAGAGUUUUCAACAGAAGACUGUGCUUCUCUAGGUUUUAUUAAAGCUAACCUACUUUGCUCUUCAUGUGAUCAAUUGAAAGAUUUUAGCUUGGAACAACUCGUAGAUCACUGUAAGGAGUGUUGUCAUUCAGAUGAAUCAGCUUCAAAAGAAAAGAAAUACGCUCGAGCCAUAUUAGAAGUCUGUACAUGCAAAUUUCCAGCGUAUCCACAAAUCCAGGCUUUCGUAAAAAGUGACAGGCCGGCAAAAUUCCCUAAUCUUCAAAUCAAAUAUGUACGUGGCUUGGACCCAAUAAUUAAACUACUUGAUAAGGAUGGCAUUGUAAAAGAUACCGUAGCCAUCGAAAAAUGGAACACUGACUCAGUAGAAGAAUUUUUGAAUACUCAUCUCGAUAAAGAACACGACGAUGAACCUGAUUUCUUAAAAACAAACCGAAUAUAAUGCUUUAAGAAUAAAUGUUUUACUUAAUUUUA